AUGUUGUCCAUAACAUGUAGAGGGCACGUUAUCGAGCCCGCAAGUUGCACUCUUCCUCCUCCCAUCUCUUCCUUCACCAUGCCUUCUCUCUUGCACUGGGGAUCCCGCCAGAAGACACCUACGCCCGUUCAGAACGACUUGUGCGAUUACUGUGGCCAGAAACCCAAGUUCAUCGAGCCCGGGGGGUCUCGCCAUGCAUACUGCAGUCGAAGCUGCGCAAAGAAGGCAGCGCAAGGUCCGAGCCCGUCAGCUUGCGCUUUGCGAGGUUGCCGAGCCACCGGGAAGGCCGCGUUCUCGGAUUUCUGCUCAGACGAGCAUGGCAAACAAGCGGUUGCUCUCGGACAAGCCAAAGGUUGCGAUGCCUGCCAUGAAUUUCCUCGCGCUAGUGGUGAUCUUUGCCUUGCUUGUGAUCGCAAAUUUCCUGGGGUCCGAUUGAAGGACCUCGCCAGCACAAGUGCGGCUUACAACGACCUUCGUGUCCAAUUCAUGAGUGAAUGGGACGGACUUAACGCUGUCCGCCCCAAAGUCGACAAGAUCUUCCAGAUAGUCGUGCCUCGCGACAUUCGUGCUCGACACGACGCAUACCGCUCGAAACAACGUGUUCCGCGAGAGAUCCGCGUGUUCCAUAGCGCGCAAUGCAUUUGCGACAUGGGCACUAAAGGUCCUGUUCUAUGCGACUUCAAAUCGUGUGGAAUAUGCCGCGUCGUCAAGUCGUCGUUUAAUGAGUUCGCGUUUGGCGAAAAGUUCAAUAUUGGAAGGUUUGGAGAGGGUAUUUAUUCCUACCACAACCCCAGUCUGGCCGAUGCCCAUGCGACUUCUGCAACCAGCACUCCUUACAGAGUGAUGAUUGCAUGUGACGCGAGUGUGUCGGUGGAGAGCGAGGUUCCGGAUGAGGAGUCGUUGUUUCUUCCGAGUGCAGAUGCGAUAGUUCCGGCCUUCAUAAUAAUGUAUAGUGUGUAA